AUGACCGGGACGCACCUCGCCGCCAUCCUGCCAGAAAAACGGGCCCGGCUCCAGGUCGUAGAGCGCGCCACGCCCGAGCCCGGCCCCAACGAGGUCGUCAUCGAGGUCAAGGCCAUCGCACUGAACCCGAUCGACUACUCGCAGCGCGACACGGGCAUGCCCCCCGUGCCCGUGUACCCGGCGGUCCUCGGAUGUGACGUAGCGGGCGUCGUCGCCAAAGUGGGCGCCAACAUCACGACGGCGCCGGCCCCCGGUAGCCGGGUCCUCGCCAUGGCCACGUCCUUCUUCCACGACGGCUCGCCGGACCACGGCGCCUUUCAAAAGUACACCCUGGCGCAGUCGGAAGCCGUCGUCGCGCUCCCAGAUGCCAUCUCGUUUGAGCAGGGCGCCACCCUCCCCAUAUGCUUCAUGACGGCCUUGAAUGCGUGGGUCACCAUCGGCAUCUCGCUCGACACCAGGUACGCGCCGGAGGACAAGCAGGCCGUGCUGAUCUGGGGCGGCGCCAGCAGCGUGGGCACCUUUGCCGUGCAGACGGCCAAGCUGCUAGGCUUCAGAGUCUACGUUACUGCCAGCCCUUGGCACCACGAGUACCUCGAGACGCUCGGCGCACACGCGGUAUUCGACUACCACGCCAGCGACGUCGUGUCGCAGAUCGUCGACGCCGUGAACAGGGACGGCGUGGCCCUGCACACGGCGCACUGCGUUGUCAUCGGGUCCCUGCAGCCGACGCUCGACGUGCUCAAGGAAACGAAGGGCGCCUCGGCUGCCCGCGUCGUGUACUCGCCUCCGCUACUGCCUGAUCACCCCACGCUCGACGGGGUUGAGAUCAAGUGGAACUUCCCGCCCAUGCAGAGUGAAGCGGUGCUCAACAAGCACAUGUACGAGUGCUUCCAUGUCUGGCUUCGCAAUGGCCUAGAGUCGGGCACCAUAGUUCCCAGCCCACCUGUCCAGAUUGAAGACGGUGGCCUUGAGGGCUUAAAUGCGGCGCUGGACAAGCUGAAAGUUGGUGUCAGUGGGAGGAAGAUUGUUCUGCAAAUCUGA